AUGGCGACUAGAAAGCUUAUUCGAGAUUUACUGAUCACAAAGCAGCCUUUUUUACGGCAAUUGUUGCACCAACGACUUGUGAGAGCAAACGUAAGAUCAGAGUUUCUUCCGGCUAUUGGGUAUGCGAGUCAUCGCCAGUUCAGCAUUUUAAGCGACUUCUCCAAGAAUAUUGAAGCUGAUAGCAAUUCUGAAUUUGAAAGAAGAGUAAAGGAGCUGAAGGAAAGAGCUGAAGAGUUGAAAGGUGUAAAAGAGGACCUGAAAGUUAGAACGAAACAAACGACUGAGCAGCUGUACAAUCAAGUUGAUGGUGUGUGGAAUGAGGCUGAAGCUGCGGCCCAAAAGGUCUCUUCUAAUGUGAUAGACAAGCUUUCAGCGGCAACAGAAGAGGUCAAGGAGUCAUUCAAGCUCGGAAAAGAAGAGAAUGCAGAGUCAGUAAGUUCAUCAGGCACAGGAACCUCUGAAGCAGAACAACAGCAGCUGCAGCAAUCAGGUUCUACAGAGGAACUACCUACAUUUUUUGAGAAAUUAAAGUCAAGUAUUUCUUCUCCAAAGGUAUCCGAGGCAUUUUACAAGCUCAAGGAAGCCAAAGCACUUGACUUUGUAAAGAAGGGACUUGACAUUGUGAAGAAUGAAUUGUGUGGAAACCCAUCUAGAAGGAAGUUCCUGCAAUGUACACCCCCCCCGCCUUUCACAGGUGAGAGAAGUACAAGAACAGAGAUGGUGGCUACGGCACUAAAACAGUCUAAGUGGGAAUCCUUUAAAGAAAAGAUGCAAAGUUAUCCAAUAUAUAAAUGUAUAAGCAGGAUGAGUGAGCCUGUUGUGAACAAGAGCCAAGAGAUUGCAGAAGAUGUGAUGGAAAUAUGGGAAACUAGUGAUAAUCCGAUUGUUCACAAGAUUCAAGACAUGAAUGAGAUAUUCUUGGAGGAAACAGAUUCUGCAUCAGCUUACGAAGAGAUUUACGGGAGAGAUCCAUCCUUCUCCUUGCAAGAUUUUGCUGCAGAAGUUGAGGAAGCCAUCAGACUAGUCUUGGAUGCAUACAGUAAGGGAGAUGUUGAGACCUUGAAGAAGUAUUGCAGCAAGGAAGUGAUUGAACGGUGCCCGGGAGAGCUCACAUAUUACCAAAGUCAUGGUAUCUUUUUCGACAACAAGCUACUGCAUGUAUCUGAAGUUAGUAUUCAAGAGUCAAAGAUGAUGGGAACUUCCCCAGUAAUACUCGUCUGGUUCCAAACGCAAGAAAUCUACUGCGUUCGAGACAAGAAUGGAGAAAUCCAAGAUGGAGGCCAGGACACGAUACACACGGUGUACCACGAAUGGGCAAUGCAACAAGUGGAGGCAGCAGAGUUAGACGAAGAUGCUCUUUAUCCCAUUUGGAGGCUCAGAGAGAUGCUGAGAGAUGAUGUUCAAGCUCUCAUUUAA